ACUUUAAAGAGGAAGGAAAAGGAGUAUGAGCACGAGAUGGAGCGGCUGGCAAGAGAGAAGAUCGCCACCCAGCAGCGCCUGGCGGAGCUGAAGAACGAGCUGAGCCAGUGGAUGGACAUCCUGGAGAUCGACAGAAUCGUUCGGCAGACGGUUCAGCCGGAGGACGACCAGGCAUCUACCUCGACAGCAUCAGAGGGUGAAGACAACAUGGAUGAGGACAUGGAAGACGACAGGCCAGUGAACUCGUUACCAAAACUAACCCAGCGCCAGCACCCCGAGCUGCUGAAAGCCGUCCCUCCCAGCGCUGCUCCCCACCACCCGGCCGUUGUGCCUCAGCACGUGGCCAUCCAGCAGAAACACCCCGCACAGACUCACAUCGUGGCGGCUUCGACGGUGCAAUCGACUGUUAUCGCCCACACCGCCACUACCCACGCUUCGGUCAUUCAGACUGUCAACCACGUGAUUCAGGGUCCACAGACCAAGCACAUCGCCCACAUUGCACCUUCCACCUCCAGCCCCGUGCAACUGACCACUGCUGCUCAGCCCAUCGGCCACAUCACUGUGCACCCCGCCACCAUCAACCACAUGGCCACUGCGGUGACCGUGUCUGUGGCCAUGACCGUGGCCAUCAG